AUAGAUAACACGAGAAGAUAAUUGGAAUGCCAAAUGACUUUAAUAAAGAGCACAUGUUUGUCGAUUUAAAUUUGUGCUAUCGAUGCCAUUUAAAGCAUAACUUCAUAUAAGUUAACGUUCCUUAUUGGAGUGUGUGGUUUACACUUAUAAAUUGAUUUCAAGAACAAUUCCAGUUGCAUGAGCGAGGUGGAACCGUACGGUAAAUGAAUCCGGUCCUGAUUGUCAUUUACAUCAUUCGGUUGAGUAUCUUCGGGAAUCAAUAGGAAAUCUGUUGACAGAGGUAUAUAAACCGAUAUUUAAAGAAUAUGCUGCAUACCCGGCGACUAAUGGCGAUCAGAAUGACUUAAUUCAAAAGGAAAAUAAUUCUUAGUCAAAAUGUGACAACACAAGAUGACAGGGCAGUCGCGCAAUGAAUGGACUCUCACGCAAAAUGUCAUUUAGGUAUGAGGUGUCGGUUUAAGUCAUAGGAGGAGGACAAUAGUCUGACAUGGCAGAUUCAGAGAUCACGGAACAGUCCGGGAGCACGGACAAAACUUCCAAUGAAGACGAAGAAGCCAGAGCUAGCAUGUCCGAGCUGAUGGAGAAGAUGUGGACAGCGGUGGAAACAGGGAAAGACAAAGAACUUCGAAAGUUCUUCUCUCAACACGGGGACCGAGACAUUCCUGUGAACAGGGACAAUGAAGAGUUUGACGAGGAUGGGGGUCAUAUACUGAUAUUUUGUGUAAAAGAGGGUUGCAGCAGAGGCAACUCAUUCGGGAGGGAUUUUGUGCAGUGUGUUAGGAUAUUGUUAAAUUCUGACAAAUUAGAUAUUGAUGUUCAGGAUAAAUCCGAAAGGACGGCUUUACACUGGGCAGUUUUAGGUAAAAAUGCUAAUUUUUGCAGCCUGCUGAAGAACGCGGGGGCAGAUCCCACCAUCGAAGAUCAUGAUGGAUUAUCCCCAUUCCACAUUGCCGUGCAGAAACAAUACAAGGACAUUCUGAAAAUACUAUCCAACGGGCAGGAUAAAGAGAUAUUUUCGAAAAAGGAUGGCAGAGGAACGCCUCCGCUGGUUACUGCUGUCAACACGGGCAAUGCUGAGAUCUGUCGAUUCCUGUUAGAAAAUGGCGCCAAAAUUGAUGCUACGGAUAGAAAGUUAAAACGGUCUGCUCUCCAAUAUGCAAUAUUGGCAAAGAAUUUGGAGAUUUUUGAUAUAUUGUUAAAAUAUAAUCCAAGUUUAGACCAAGGCGAUUACAGAGGGAAGACUGCUCUUCAUCGCAUUUGUGCUAUCAAAGAUCCUCGUUAUUUCCAGAGGGUCAUCAAACACUACGGGACAUUUCCUGACCACAUCAUGGAACAGGAGACAGACGACGGAGUCACUCCUGUCAUAGCAGCUUGUCAGAGUGGGAACUCCCAACAACUAAAGGAACUGAUUGACCAGGGGGCUUCAAUAAUUACCAAAGAUGACAAUGGAAGAACAGCCCUCCAUUACUGUGCAGAUAACUUGGAAACACAGUGUGCUGAAAUGUUGCUGGCAAAAGACUCGAGCUUGUUGGAAGUCAAAGACAGCCAAGGGUUCACACCGCUACACAUGUCUGUUAUAAGUGGGAACGCCCCUUUACUUAAACUUCUACUCAAAAAAGGUGCUGAUAUCAGGAGUUUGGAUAAUGAAUUACAUACCCCUACACAUUGGGCGACAGUUUGUGGUCACCUUGAAAUCCUUGACAUCCUGGUUGACAAUGGAGCUGAGCUCUCGUCAGCUGACAGUCACAAUGCCUAUCCCAUUCAUUACGCCGCUCAGAUGAACGGGAAGGACAACAACCACUCAGAUUCCAAGGUCGGGGAAAAGGUACUCAAAAAGCUGCUGGACAGUGGAGUCCCACAUGAUGUCACAGACAAAGAUGGCCGACAGCCGUUGCUAUGGGCCGCUAGUGCAGGUAAUAUAGAAUCCAUCAAAUUAUUAGUCAAAGCUGGUGCUGAUGUCAAUGCCAUUGAUAAAGACGGGCUUUCAGCUUUACAUUGUGCGUCCUCCAGAGGUCACUCUCACUGUAUAGAGGAGAUGAAGAAGCUGGGGGCGGAAGUAAACCUUGCAGACAAAAAUAGCUGUACUCCACUAUUUUAUGCUGUCACCCUUGGUAACAAGGAGUGCACCAAGGCCCUACUUAAACAUGGUGCUGAUCCUAAUCACAAAGAUGUCAGAGGAAGAACGCCUAGUCAUUGUGCCUCAGUUAAAGGGUGUGUGGAGACGUUAAAAAUUCUGGAUAAAAGUAAAGCUGAUCUAUGGGGAGGAAGUAGCAGGGGAGACUACCCCAUCCAUGAGGCAGCUCAGGGUGGUCAUUGUGAUGUUGUGAAAUACCUGCUGAAGUGGAAAAACGCCCCUGACGCUGUAAACACCCCCAACAAUGCAGGAAGAACCUGUCUACACAUCUCCGCCAUAGUCAACAACCUGCCCCUCUGUAAGCUACUGCUAGACAAUGGGGCAGACAGAAACUCAUUAAUGAUGCAUAAGAAUAAAAAAGACGCUGCCAAGGAUAAAUCUUAUACACCAUAUGAUGCUGCUAUAUUGAAAGAAAACAGAGAAACUGCAGAAUAUAUUAAAUCAAAAGGAGGACAGUCUGGAGGUGAUAUUGACAAUAUUCUGAAUAAAAAAGACAAGAGGGACACUAAAUCGGCUAAAUCCAGAAAGAGUAAUCUAGAAAGCCACAAGGAAGAGGAGGAAGGUGUAGAACAGGAUAAGAAAUCAGAAAAACAGGAAGACCCCGAAACAUCGGAGAAGAAGGAGGAGAAACCCAAGUCCAAGAAAGAACUAGAAAAAGAGAAAAAAGAAGCAGAGAAAGCCAAAAAGGAGGAAGAAAAGAAAAAGAAAGAAGAGGAAUUAAAAGCUAAAAAAGAGGAAGAAAAGAAGGCAAAAGAAGAAGAAAAGAGACAGCAAGAGGAAGAGAAAAAACAAAAGGAAGAGGAGAAAAGACAAAAGGAAGAAGAGAAAAGGCAGAAGGAAGAGGCAAAGAAGAAGGAACAAGAAAGUAAAGGUUCUAAAGACACAAAAUCUGAUAAUAAAGAAGAAGCUGUAGCUGCAGCAGCUGUUGCUGUCGUUGGUGAAGAAAAGGAGAAAGAAAAUAAAAAGGAGGCAGAUAAGAAAGGCGAUAAAGAAGAAAAAGUUGAUAAAUCAAAAGAAAAAGAUACUAAGCAGGAAGACAAGGACAAAGAAAAAGGGGAGAAGAAAACUGACAAAGAGGAAAACUUAGAAAGUGAUGAGGAAAUAGUUGUAGUAAAAGGCAAAAAAGUUGUUAGAAAAAAGAAAGGCUUUGUGAAAGAUAAGGAAGCGGAAAAGGCAAGAAAAGAAGCAGAGGAGGCCAAGAAAGAUGCUGUAAAAGCGCAUCAGGAGGCAGAAGUAGCGAAGGCUGCUGCAGAAAAGGUUAAACAAGAACAAGAGGCAGAAAAGGUUAAGAAAGCUGCGGUAGCGGCCAAUACAGCUGAAGAAGCUAAACAAGAAAAAGAUAAAAAGGACAAUUUAAAGAAUAAAUCUACAAAACAAAAAAAAGAUAGCAAAGAAGAAAGUAGUAAGGGAAAGGGAAAGGAGAAAACUAAAAAAGACGAAAAGGCGGUAGUAGCUGGUGCCGCAGGUGCCAAGAACAAAAAAGGGAAAAAAGAUCCCGAUACAAUCAAAGAAGAAGAGGAAGAAGAGGACGAAACAACAAAAGAAAGUGGAAUUGAGGCAGAGAAAGCGAAACGAGAGGCAGAAAAGUCACAAAGAGAGGCAGAAAAGCUACGAGAAGAAGCAGAAGAAGCAAAUACAGAGACAGAAAAACUAAAGAAAGCUGCUGUAGCUGCCAAAGCAGUUGAAGAAGCUAAACAAGAAAAAGAGAAACAAGACCAACAAAAGAAUAAAUCAGCAAAACAGAAGAAAGACAGUAAAGAAGAAAGUAGUAAAGGAAAAGGAAAGGAAAAAACUAAAAAAGACGAAAAGGCUGUAGUAGCUAGUGCCGCAGUUGCUAAGAACAAAAAAGGGAAAAAAGAUCCUGGUACAAUCAAAGAAGAAGAGGACGAGGAAGACGAAAAAACAAAGGAAAGUGGAGAGGAAGCGAAACGAGAGGCAGAAGAGUCACAGAGAGAGGCUGAAAAGCUACGAGAAGAAGCAAAUACAGAGACAGAAAAACUAAAGAAUGCUGUCGUAGCUGCCAAAGCAGUUGAUGAAGGUAAAGAAUCAUCGAAGAAACAUAGAGAAAAUUCACAAACAGGGAAGGACAAGGAAAACAGAAAGACUAGGAAGGAAGAAAAACCUGAGGUAGUUAGCAAGGACAUUCCCCCCAAAUCACCUAGCAAAGCAAAGGAAUCUAACAAAGUAGAAAGUGACGAAGAACCAGGAAACAGGGAAGAGAAGGGAGAGAAAAUACCCGAAAUUGCAGUUGUUACUCCAAAGACUCCAAAAAAUAAAAAAUUGCAAACCACUAAGGAUGGAGGGAAACAAGAAGCAAAAGGACUAGAAAAAGAAAAAUCAAUUGUAAACAAAGUUGACAAAAGUAAAAAAUCUACUGAGAAAGCUAAAAAGGAGAAAGAAAAGACAACGCAUGAUCCAGAAGAAGACGAAAGUGAACAGAUAGCACCAGAAAAACUUGUUAGUGAUAGACAGGGCAAAGAAGGAAAACAGGAAAAGAAAGGAUUACAGAAAGAAAACUCAACCGUUAACAAAACUGAAAAGUCUAAGAAGUCUUCUGAUAAAAAUAACUCAGAGAAGGAAAAUACUUUUGCUGAUAAAGAAGAAGUUGAAAAGAAGGGAAAGAAAAGUGCUGAGAAGCCCGAAAGUGAGGAGGAGAUUCAAGAAUAUACACACGACACUAUUGACGUAGCAAAUGAUCGAUUCGACAGUGGAGUUCACACACCAGGAUCGGUAGCUGAGGAAGAAGAUUUAGAUAAACAUCUGAUAUUAGCUAAAGAGAAAACAUCGGUUAGUGAAAAAGAAAAGACAAAGGAAAAGAAAGAAAAUAAGAAAUCAAAACAAUCUGGGCCUGCUACAACAAGUACGCCCAAAGUAAAUAAAAGACCCUCGAGGGAGGAAAAUAAGAACAAAGUUUCUUCAAGAGAUAGUGGACGUCCAAAUACGCGCGAAAAAACAGAGUUCCAGGAAAUUGAACUUAAACCAAGCAGAGAUUCGGGAAACCAGUCACAAUCAGAAGAGCGGAAUUCUCAAACAGAAGAACACCAAUCACAGACGAAACGCAAUUUGGUAAUAAGUCCUUCUAUUUCGCCUGUUGAUUACCAGGAGCAUUCGCCACAUCGGAAGAACUCUUACAUUCAAUCCCCAAAGUCAAGGGUUGUCCAUACUGACAAACAAGACGACGAAGAUGAAUUUGAAUUUCCGGAGAACUCUCAUGAAAGCCAGGAAGUAGCUCUAAGGUUAGCGGAAAGUCGCAAGCAAUCUAGACAAGAAACACUUCCAGAGACUUCCAGGUAUCAGGAUUCGCCGGAGAGACAGUCAAGAAGCAGCCGCAAAGCUUCAAAAAUUCCAGACAGUGGGGUAAUUCAACCAGGAUUAAAAAGUCGUGAUAAUUCUCGUUCAAAAACUCCUGUGUUGACUAAUGGUCAUUCUCAACAACAAAACGAUUAUGCCGAAUCUUCAGAAGAAGAUGAUGACGAUGUGAUAACUGACAUUAACUUUCAAAACAGACUUAAAAGAAUUGAAAGAGCACAACUUACAAGGAACAGACAAAAAGAACAAUAUCUUUUACAGCAACUAAGAAGAACACAAAAACCGAACUACAAACUUACGCCAGUUAGGGCAAAAUCCAAGUCCAAUCUGACUCUAGCAGAUAUGGAACGUUUAGAUACGUCAGUACGCAGAAAAAAUGUGCCAAGACGAGUGGCCUCCAUUCAAGAGAGCGUGCGCCGUUAUCAGGAUCAGAGGCGGUUUGUUCGCCAAAUGCAUCAGCUGAAACGUGCUCAGAUUUACACAGGGCCCAUGCAUGAUAUCGUGUUGUUCAGUAAAAUGAUGGAUGUAUAUAAACACAGUACUCCUGGAGAAAGCGAGAAUGAUCUUGAGAUGAGUGUGAUGGAUAAUUGGGACGGUUAUCUCAGAGAAAAUUCAGACUUAAACUCAACUGACCCAGACCAACUGAGGUUUGUCUCGCAGUACUAUGAUGAGGAUCAAACAGUGAGGGAGCAGACGAAUAAGGUUAGACGAGAAACGUCAGAAACGAGAAAAGGAGUAGAAAGUCGAUCGGAAUACCUUGCGCAGAGUCUGAAAAGAAAAGAUGAUCAAGACAGUAAAGAAAAGCAGGAUAUCGAUGGUAGAAUUUCGAAUAUUACCAGGAGGACAGAGGAGAUGUAUGAUAGCUUCAAAGAAAAGGCGGAUCAAACACUGAGAGACGCAAAGGAGACGAACGUCACUUUAGACAAAUCUUACCGUAAGGAGAGGUCGGAUAUCAUGCAUAACUCAAGGCCACAUAGCUACAGAAAGCUCAAGGACGAGGAAGAAAUGGAUGAGCGUCAGAGGUUUUUCGAGGAACGUGAAAAGACGCGGAAAGAUAAGCACUCGGAUUGGCACAAGAGGAAGGAAGAGGAACUAAGAAAACGGCUUAUGAAAGUGUAUGGAAAUGGAUCAGAAAAUGGCUUCAGUAAAUCACGAAAUCUUGGCCCCAUGAAAUCCUCGACGCCUCGUGUCCAGAGCCUAGGUAGUAGUUCUGGCUCCAGGCCCAAGUCUAUGAUGUCCUCCAUUAGCGGCUCCCGCGCUCAGUAUACCAAUUCCACGGACCAAGAUCUCAGUGUUCAUAUGACCGAAUUUGGAUUAAGACGGGUAAAAAAGACGGAUGAUGGUGCCUAUGGCAAAGCUUCGAAAGACUCUUCACAGUGUAGUGUCAAAUCGUUGUUAUUUCAUAAAUCUGGCUCAUUAUCAGCCAAUUGGACACCCAAGUUUGACGGUGACGUAAGACCACGAGCAGGCCUCGUUUUCGUGGAGCCCAAAGUUUACACCGAGUUCCUCAAGGAGGAAGCUCAACUACGUCAACAGACCGCUAUGAUGGCGCGAAGUCGGUCGACGAACAUUAACACGUUAGAUGACGAUGCCACAGUGUUAGAGACAGUGGAAUCGUGACGAAUCGAAAUAAUUUAUUAGUAUUAUAUUAGUUAUUGAAAUUAUUCUGUUGCAAAUGUGAAGAUUGUGAGAAUGAUUUCUGAUCUCUGUAAUACUCAUCUGCUGUCAAUGGGAAGGGAAUUUAUUAUGUUUAGCUGUAUGGUGAAACUCUAAACAGACAGGACUGGUUUGUUUAAUUAGUUUCUUCAUAUUGCAGAAUACACAAUGGGAAUAAAAAGUGCACAAAUUUUUAGGGAUCCCAUAAUCUUACAAAAGUUUAUUUCAUGUAUUCUUGUUACCUAGUGCAUUUAUUACUUAUUCAUCAGUCAUUUCUAAAUUUGGAAGCAAAAACCAUGUAUUUUUAUGUCUCGUUUGUAAUGUACAAUACGAUUGUUUUUUAAUAUUCUGAAUAUUACGAUGUAUUUCAUAUUCUUGCUAUGAGUGUCAUACAGAUACUGAAUAUUACGAUGUGUUUAAUAUUCUUGCUAUGAGUGUCAUACUGAAUAUUACGAUGUGUUUAAUAUUCUUGCUAUGAGUGUCAUACAGCUAGUGAAUAUUACGAUGUGUUUAAUAUUCUUGCUAUGAGUGUCAUACAGAUGCUGAAUAUUACGAUGUGUUUAAUAUUCUUGCUAUGAGUGUCAUACAGAUACUGAUACAUAAACGCAGGUUUUGUUUUGAGGUGUUCAUGUUUUACUCCGUCAUAACUACUUGUUUCUUUCAUUUAGCACGUCCUUGGGUUUAUCUCCUCAAACCAAGGAGUUUCUCUUUCGAUAGACAUGUACAUUGAAACAGGCAAAACUCUAUUAAUCAUGAAUGACAGUGUAAAAGCUUAGUCUGUGAUAUACGUGUGAAUAUCCGUCCAAACUGUUUUGCUUUUAAAGAUUUUUCGUACUUUUACUGUUUUGGAAUGAUUUCUGUGAUAAACCUUGCCAACAACUUCUUGUGCAUAUUUAAGUAAUAGGAGUGAUCAGAUUGUUUGUUUAUAGGUAGCUAAUUUAUAUGAAUAAGGGACUUUAUUUUGAGAGAGAUGCAUGUAUUUUUCAAAAUAAAAGAUUAUACUCACUAA